CUGGGGCCGCAGCCUGGAAGGCUUUAAAGCCCGAAGCCCCGCGCUGCUCCGGCAGAUUCCCGGACCUCGGCGACCCCGGGGGGGAUCGAGUUUGCAGGAUUCGUGUUCGCAGCUGGCCGCCUCAGGUGUUUGAACCAUGAAUCUUUUACUCCUCCUGGCUGCCCUCUGCUUGGGAACAGCCUUAGCCACUCCAAAAUUUGAUCAAACGUUUUCUACACAAUGGCACCAGUGGAAGUCAACACACAGAAGACUGUAUGGCACGAACGAGGAGGAAUGGAGGAGAGCCGUGUGGGAGAAGAACAUGAAGAUGAUCCAGCUGCACAACGGGGAGUACAGCAGUGGGAAGCACGGCUUCACCAUGAAGAUGAACGCCUACGGUGACAUGACCCAUGAGGAGUUCAGGCAGGUGAUGAAUGGCUACCAGCACCAGAAGCGCAGGAAGGGGAAGAUAUUUCAGGAACCUCUGUUUAAGGUGCCCAAGUCUGUGGACUGGAGAGAAAAAGGUUGCGUGACUCCUGUGAAGAAUCAGGGCCAGUGUGGUUCUUGUUGGGCUUUUAGCGCAAGUGGGUGCCUAGAAGGGCAGAUGUUCCUUAAGACUGGCAAACUGAUCUCGCUGAGUGAACAGAACCUUGUUGACUGUUCUCGUGAUCAAGGCAAUCAGGGCUGCAAUGGAGGCCUGAUGGACUAUGCUUUCCAGUACAUUAAGGAGAAUGGAGGCCUGGAAUCAGAGGACUCCUAUCCCUAUGAAGCAAAGGAUGGAUCCUGUAAGUACAAACCCGAGCUCGCUGUGGCUAAUGACACAGGAUUCGUGGACAUCCUUCAGAACGAGAAGGCCCUCAUGAAGGCUGUGGCAACCGUGGGGCCUAUUUCUGUUGCUAUGGAUGCAAGCCAUCCAUCUAUCCAGUUCUAUAGCUCAGGCACCUACUAUGAACCCAACUGUAGCAGCCAGGACCUCGACCAUGGAGUUCUGGUGGUUGGCUAUGGAGUUGAUGACGACGGUGAAUAUUGGCUUGUCAAAAACAGCUGGGGACAAGAAUGGGGUAUGGAAGGCUACAUCAAAAUAGCCAGGAACAAGAACAACCACUGUGGACUGGCCACUGCGGCCAGCUACCCCACCGUGGCUUGAUGGACAGUGGUAAUUAAAGACGUAUGGACACUACGAGCAAAGGAAUUUAUCUUAAAACUGACCAAACCCCUAUUGACUGAGACCAUGGUACUUGAAUCAUUGAAGAUCCGAGUCAUGAUUUGAAUUCUAUGACAUUUUUACAUAGGUUAAUUGUUACCAUUACUUAAAACUCCUGUUAAAAACAGCUUUAUAAUAUUGAGCACUCGUUGCCUAAUUCUGAGUCUGGAAUAUGUGUUUUAUAAAGGAUGUAUAACGGUUUCUUUACCUUUGAAAAAUAAAUUUUUGUUCAGUGUGUAUAGGUAG